ACAUUUGGUCUUCGCAAUACAGGUAAAUGUCUACUUCCCUUGAAUUGAUUGCAAGCUUUACGGUUGAGUUAGAUAGUUAAUGUUUUUAUUUAGUGAACUAGGUUGUGGUUGUGGGAUAAAUAGAAGUGAUGGUUAGCUAGAAACCGAGAUUCUUGUCAAGCUUUAACUCUGUAAUUAAUAUGGGUGUGUUAAAUAGAAGUGAUGGUUAGCUAGAAACCGAGAUUCUUGUCAAGCUUUAACUCUGUAAUUAAUAUGGUUGUGUGUUAAAUAGAAGUGAUGGUUAGCUAGAAUGAUUCAAUAUAUGUUAUUGUUUGUUUUACAUUUUUCAUGCAUUUGAUUUUCACUAUACCAAUUUUGAAAAGAGGAAGAAUGAUUCAAUAUAUGUUUCAUCUUGUGUCUUCAUAGAAUAUCGUUGGAUACAUGCAUGCAUCAUAGUAAUACACGGCAAAAAAGUAGCUCAAAUGUAAAAAAAAAAAAAAAGAAGAAGAAAAUAGUAGCUCAAUUAGAUGGACACCAUUAAUAUCACAUUGCUUGCUUGAUUAUACUAUUUAUUAAUUUUGUUAUUAUGACAUGAAUAUCAAGUCUCAAAUGCAUGCAUUUUGUUUAAAUCUCUUUCUUAUCUCCCCAAAUAUAUAUCCUCUAUGGUCUCUAUUCCUUUCUGCAAAUCAAACUGAAGGGUAAUCAUCCUUAACUAAGCAUUUCUAGUUCAAAAGUGAGUGAUUAUCUUUGUUCCAAUGGUGAACAAUACAGAGAGUAGUGAGUCUAGCGAUGACGAACAGAGUUACUCAUCCUCAUCUGAAGAAUGGUCCAAGUCAUCGGACGAUGCUGAUGAAAUUGUGGAAGUCAAUGGGUUUCAGGUUCUUGAUUCACAGGUAAACCAAGUGAUGGCAAUCUUUGAGAAAUAUCCAGACAUGGCAUCAGAUUUCAGUUUAAAGAACCAACAGCUUAGAAAUGCUUACAUGGGUGUUCUUCUCAACCUAAUUAUGACACUAUGCCAAUCGCCUGAUGAGCUCACAAUGGACGAUCUAAACAAAGCAGACAGCACAGUUUUGGAUCUAACAAAAGCAGGCUUUAAGUUGCAUUGGUUGCGUCAGAAAGUAGACGAGGCUUUCCUUAAAAAGGAGAAAAAACGGGAGUUUAGGGCACGGAUUAGAUUACUUGAGGAAAAAGUCAAGAAGCGAAAGCUGUCUUUGUCGGAUUUAGAAUCUGAUCUGAAGAAACAGAAAGCUACAGCUUUGGCUACUGAAACACCAUUUGAUUUCAGUGAUAUUGUUUGAUAAAAGGAAGUCACUGAUUGAGUGUUUUUGUUGAAGCUCUCUGCUUAUUUCCUUAACUUUUUCUUAUUUCAAUACAGUCUGUCUUCUUUGAAGAAAAAGACUUUACGUAUGGAUCAAGUAUCAUAUACACCAUUUUUACAGAAUAAAUAUGAAACAGAGCAUCUGCUUCCCAAGUUUGCAUGUAUAAAAACCGAAGAGUGAACCCUAGCUAUUGAAAGUCAAUGAGUUCUUUGACAUUAGGAAAAAAAAAAUGCUUUCACAUAAGAAAUAAGUUUCUCCAAUGUGGUGACAGAAAAAAAAAGUUUCUCCAAUGUAUAGAUAAAUUUAUGGUUCAUCUAUUCAAAAAUGCAAGUCCAUAGUUUAAAAUAAUAUGGACUACAAAAUAUAUCUAUGAUAUUAUUUGAGAAAUCACAUGUCGCUCUUACGUUAAUUUUCAAAAUAGUGAGUUAUAAAAUUAAAUUUAAUGAAUUAUAAAUUAGACAUAUAAUUACUAAAAUUACCUUUUUCUUCUUUUUAAUACAUUUAUAAUUGAGUUUUUAAUUUUAGUUUAUUUUUCUCCAAAAUUCACAUAAAUAAUAAAAAUGAACUAUGUAUAAAAAUAAAAAACUUAUAUAUAACGAAUUUUGUUUUUAUUUUUCUUUAUAUGCUAAUAAAAUAACACAAAAAAUAUCUAUAAGAAAAUUUAAUUUUUUAAGUUGUAGUUACAAAUUUAAUCUUAAUGAAUUGUAAACUAUACAGAAUUGCGGGAAGACUUAUGCUUAUAAAAACAGUCAUUGCCAGUACAACAAACUUCUGGAGCUCUGCUUUCUGCCUUCCCAAGGCUUGUAUGGAUGAUAUAGAGAGUAUGUGUUCCGCGUUCCUUUGGAGUGGGUCUCCAAGUGACUCUACUAAAGCGAAGGUAGCCUGGCGGGAUGUAUGCUCCCCGUUAGAAGAGGGUGGGCUGGGAGUCCGAGCAUUAACUGAGAUAAAUACAGUCUCAUCUCUCAAACUAAUAUGGCGGUUGCUUAGCGGUUCACAGUCUCUUUGGGUUGAUUGGGUGAGGAAGUACCUUAUGAGGAAUGAAUCCUUCUGGGAUAUACGAGAUACUGGAUUGGGGUCCUGGAUAUGGCGGAAGUUAUUGAGACUGCGCUACCUUGCAAAACGGUUCGUUCGUAUGGAAGUGCACAAUGGACAGCUGGUGCAUUUUUGGACUGAUAUAUGGCACCCUUCUGGUCGUUUGAUAGAGGUGGCGGGUGAAAUAGGGACUCAAAAACUGGGUAUUGCUAGGUCUGCGUUAAUUUCUGAAGUAAGGGUCGGAGCUCACUGGUCUUUUCGUCGCUGUCGUGAUGUCAGAAUGCGAGAAAUAAUCCACAUGAUCGAGGCUCAUCACUUGGCGGAAGAUAGAACAGCAAAUGAUAUUGUCCUAUGGCGGAAAAAUGAGAAUGAGUUCUGCGAUAUUUUCUCUACCUCAGCGACAUGGCAGCAAAUCCGUACUCACAGGACGCAAACAACCUGGAGCAAAGUGGUUUGGUUUUCUCUUGGGGUGCCACGUUUUGCUUUUAUUACCUGGCUGGCAAUAAAGAACAGACUUUCCACUGGCGACCGUGUGCAGAGCUGGGGAAUAACUCAAGGAUGCUUAUUUUGUGGCGAACCACAUGAAUCACGAGAUCAUUUGUUCUUUGCAUGCCCCUAUACGUUCACACUCUGGAUAGAAGUGGUAGGCAGCCUGCUUGAUAGGGACGCGGACCCUGACUGGGAAAGCACGCUUGAUCAUUUACAAACGGGAAGAUUUGAUCAGACCCGUUUCAUCCUUCUUCGAUUGGUGUUUCAAGUUACAGUUUACAUGAUAUGGAGGGAGAGGAACAACAGGAGGCACUCUCAGAAGCCAAGACAGGUUCAACAGCUAGCGAAGAUCAUUGACAAGACAGUAAGAAAUAGACUCUUGUCUGUGAGAUACUGGGAGAAGCCUCGCUUAAGGGGGCUAAUGCAAUAUUGGUUCCAAACACAUAGCUAGAUAGGAAAUUUUAUUCUUUAUUCAACCAUGUACAUAAACUCUUUUUCCUAUGAUGAUCAAAAAAUUUAACAUUUCAUCAAAAAAAAAAAACUAUACAGAAUUGCCAUUAUCAAAAUUAUUUUUAUUUCCCUUUUUCUUAAUAAUGUUUUAGCUGAAUUUAAUUUUUAUUUAUAUAUAUUUUAAUCUUUUUAAAAUUCACAUAAAUAAUGAAAAGGAAAUAUCUAUAAAACAUAAUUUUGUUUUAGUCAUAUUUUUUAUAAAAGAACAUCAAUAAAAAGUAAAUAUAUAUAUAUAUAUAAACAUAGUUUUAUAAAAGAUAAUAUAGUUAUUUAUCUUCAAAAAUAAUAAUAUGUUUUCAUCUCUAAAAUUUAAAAUAAUUAAUAUAGUACUAUUAUUUUAUUUCUCCUUGUAUGAGACCGGUAAAUUAAUAGUUUGUGAGCUGCUUGGGACGGUGUUGAGAUGCUUCUAGCAGGUCCGGCUCUGGCCCAGUGCUAGAGGUGCAUUUUCACAUGGUCUAUUUUAUUUUUUGACUUUUUUAGCUUAGCUUAAGGUUCUAUUUAAAAGAAAAUAUUUGUAUGAAGAAAUGGAUCUCAAAAUUUGUGUAGCACAUGGUCCAUUUUAUGUUUGAGACGGAUCUGGCUUCUAGUAAGGUAGAAUUGCCAGUACGAUGCCGAAUGUCGGCAGAAUUGCCUUCUUUGUUCUCUCAUUGGUUUUCUCGUGCAUGUUGAUGACGGUAGUAUGCAUAAGAGCGCUAAAUUUGUCAUUAAUUAUGGGUAUCGUCAUAGUAUACCUUAUGAGUUAUGACCGAGCAGCUUUCCGCUGGUUUUUCAACUGGUGAAUUUUAAUAUUGCUAGAGGAGUGGAAGAACUGCUCCAUGCAUAUCUUCAUGAUUUGUACGUCUGUAUGCAUUAUGUUAAUCUUGGUUACUUUUAUGCAGUUUGGACCCAGUUUCAAAUCUCAUUUGAAGACGAAACCAGAUCUAUAGUUUCAUAAAUCAUUUUAAAGUGUUUAAUAAAUGCAACAAAAAUUAGUUAGUUUAAACCUAUUAGAACAAAAAUAGUUAUUGUUCAUUUUAGACGAUUAUAUACAACUGAAUAUACUCAAAUAAUGAGUAAGUAAAUCGAUCAUGAUUCUUAUUCUAAAAAUUAGCGAUAUAUUUAAGUCAGCAACUUCGUAUUACUUAGAAUGGUCUUUUACUACAAAAUCAGUAUUUUAACUAUAAAUCUUUAUCAUUGCGAAUUAUGAUAUUCAAAAAAAGAUAUAUUUAUAUAUAUAUAUAUAUAAAUGUAUAUAUAUAUAAAGUUUUUAUUUGUAAUAAUUAUAAGACAUAAAACAAUUAACAAAACUGAAAUUUGAUUGUAAACUACAAAUAAACCUGAUUUUUGUCGUCCAUAUGGAUGCAGAGCUACCGGAAUGGUUCGCAGAGUCUACAUGAAUCUGUUUUGUUUGCUGACAAAAAAAAAAAAAA